AUGGCAAAUAUAACUUCAAUGUUGUCAGUAGGACAAGAUCAUGAUAUUUGUUCUGAAGAUAUUACCAACAAUUGUACAAAUGUAACUGUUUGUGAUAAUGGAAAUGAUUGUAAUGGUUUAAAACUUUUGAAAGAUUUACAAUGCUUUGUAUGUGAUACAAAGAUUCACGGACGUUUUUAUGCAUUGGCUACAUGUAGAACACAAACAUCAAGAACGAAAGUAAUAGAAAAACUUGGAGAAUUAGUUGGUGAAAGAUAUAUGGUAGUGAUAUCAGAAGAUGAUGUAAUUUGUCGAAGUUGUGCCAAUCUUAUUAACACACUUGAUAAACUUGAAAUUGAAAUGUGUAAUGUACGUGAUAAUGUUUUGAGAUUUUUGGAACAAAAGUAUUCUCUGGAGGAAGGAGAACUUCUUGGUAAUAGCGAAACACAAAAACGUUCCCAACCACCACAGAUCACAAAAUGUAACAAUCAGACUCUAACUAAUUGUCAAAAUAAAAGAGAUGUUAUUUUAUCUUCAAAUACUACUGAAAAAGCCAAACAUAAGAAAAGUAAUGUUUGGUUGCAAUGUGACAAAUGUCAGUAUACUACACUUCAUAAUUCAUUUAUGGUGCAUCAUAUUAAAGAUCACAUUAAACAGAAAAUAUUUUGUGAUAAAUGUGGUGUACAAUUUUAUGAAAAUCAACAAGAAUCGCAUAAUUGUAAUGAAAAAGAACAUAUAGUUGAUCAGAAUAGAGAUCAAAACAAGCAAGCAGAAUCAUCAUUAAAAAAUAUUGAUGGGACUAUAUUGAAUAUUCCAAUUUUGGAAAAAACUGUGCAACAUAAUGUACCAAUUAUGACAAUUGAAACAUUUUCGGGAUCACAAAUUUCAAAUCGCAACGAAAAUAUACCUAUAAUAAGAUUAUCAAAUUCAGAAAAUUUGUCAAUACAAAAUAUUUUAACUUCUGACAAUAUAUCUACUACUGGUCAACCGAUAUAUGUACGUGUUUUGCAACCUGUUGAGAUUAAUGAAGCACCAACACAAUCUGCCAUGAUGGUAUCAAAUUCUGAUACAGAUUUAGCUUUAAAACUUAAAGAUAACUCUGAAAAGCAAAUUUUAACAUUGACAGAAGAUGGCAACUUGGAAAUGACAGAAAUAACUUGCUGGAAUGAUAUACAGUCAUCAGAAUCACAACCCAAUAUAAUAUUUCAAUAACUUCAAUUUAUGUUAUUAAA